UUCGAAUGUUUUCAAGAUUUCGAAGAACAUUUCGAUAGUUUUUGUCAAUUUCUGCAGGUAAAAUCCUCCUAAAAUGGACGAUCGGUCGGUAUUUGAUGCUUACAGGAGUCCUUUAACCAGCCGUUAUGCUAGUAAGGAAAUGUCCUAUAAUUUCUCCGAUGACAAAAAGUUCACGACUUGGCGAAAAUUAUGGCUGUAUCUUGCUAAAGCAGAAAAGGAACUGGGUUUGGAUAUCACAGAUGAGCAAAUCUCAGAAAUGGAGAACAAUCUUACAAAGAUUGACUACAAGAUGGCUUCAGAGGAAGAGAAGAAAAGACGUCACGAUGUUAUGGCGCAUGUCCAUACAUUUGCAGCCUGUUGUCCGAAAGCUGCACCAAUAAUCCAUUUGGGUGCAACGUCUUGUUAUGUCGGUGAUAAUACUGAUCUUAUUGUUCUUAAAGAUGGCUUGAAUAUUCUUCUUCCAAAGUUGGCAAGAUGUUGUGAAAGAUUAUCAAAGUUUGCCAAUGAACAUAAAUCUCUUCCAACCCUUGGUUUUACUCAUUUCCAGCCAGCACAGCUAACAACAGUUGGUAAGAGAGCCUGUCUGUGGAUAUCAGACUUGCUUCUGGACCUUGCAAACUUAAUGCAUGUUGAACAAAGUUUGAGAUUCAGGGGUGUCAAAGGAACAACAGGAACCCAAGCCAGUUUCUUGGCCUUGUUUGAUGGAAAUGAUGAAAAGGUUGAAAAAUUGGAUGAAUUGGUCACAAGCAUGGCUGGGUUUAAAAAUGCAUAUAUUGUGACAGGCCAGACAUACAGCCGUAAAGUUGACUUGGACAUUUUAAAUGCCCUGGGAAGUUUAGGAGCUUCAGUGCAUAAGAUUUGUACAGACAUACGAUUGCUGGCUAGCAUGAAAGAAGUAGAGGAACCUUUUGAGAAAAGUCAAAUAGGUUCAAGUGCAAUGCCAUACAAGCGCAACCCAAUGCGUUGUGAGAGAUGUUGUAGUUUAGCCCGUCAUCUCAUGACGUUGGUCGGAAAUGCACAGCAAACUGCAGCAACACAGUGGUUGGAAAGAACAUUGGAUGACAGCGCAAACAGAAGGAUAUCCUUGCCCGAGGCAUUUCUUACUGCGGACAUCAUACUAAAUACACUGCAGAAUGUUUCUGAGGGUCUUAUUGUUUAUCCCAAGGUGAUUGAACGUCAUAUCAAACAAGAACUCCCGUUCAUGGCUUCUGAAAAUAUCAUCAUGGCUGUCGUAAAAAAUGGUGGUGACAGACAGGAAUGUCAUGAACGGAUCAGGGUGCUCUCCCAACAAGCUGCGUCAAUUGUGAAGACCGAAGGUGGUGACAAUGAUUUGGUAGAAAGAAUAUUAAAUGAUGAUUAUUUUAAAAUUGUCCAUGAUAAACUUGAUCAAAUUUUGGAUCCAAAGUCCUUCAUUGGUAGAGCACCUUACCAGGUCGCAAGGUUUUUGAAAGAAGAAGUUGAACCAAAGCUUGUAUUGUUUGAUGGAAAACUUGAUAUAAAAGCCACAAUCAAUGUUUGAUGAAAAUCCUCUCAAGAUCAAGUAACAUAGGAUGCAAAGACGACGUUUUAACAGUGGUGUAUGGCCACACUAUUUGUAUAAAACAGCCUUCAAAGUUCAAACUAUGCCU